AGGACAUAGAUUCAUACCUAGACAAGCGAAAUCAUAAUGUGGACUAUCAUAUUAGUAUUCAUCGGUUUGCUAAGUACAUUAAUACCGUCGACGCAUUCUCAAGAUACAUGUGAAAAUCCGGAAGGACAGCUCGGUACAUGCAUCAAUAUCAGAUCGUGUACGAUGUUACUCAAUCUCCUGAAAUCGGACCCGCAAAAUCCGCAAGUAGGCAAUUUUCUCCGUGCUUCCGUUUGCGGUUUUGAAGGUAGUGAUCCUAGAGUUUGCUGUCCAUCCAAUAUCGAUGGUGAAAAUACAGACAAUACGGAUAACGGUUUACAAGGCAAUGGAGAAAUCACGAACACUCAAUACGGUCCUUUGUAUCCACCUUACUGCGGAUACAGUAAUGGAACAUUAACUAAAAUCGUUAAUGGCAUUCCAGCUAGAUUAGGUGCUUGGCCUUGGAUUACUGUUCUCGGAUACACAAACUCAAAAAAUCCAAACGUUCCAAAAUGGCUUUGCGGUGGCGCUUUAAUUUCCAGUCGACACGUACUUACCGCUGGACAUUGCGUUUAUGGACGGGCGGAUUUGUACAAAGUGCGUAUUGGUGACUUAGAUCUGAAUAGCACCAACGACGGGGCAACUCCGUUUGAAGAUUUGAUCGAAAGGAAAACAGUACAUCCCAACUACAAUCCUAAGACUUACACAAACGAUGUGGCAGUUUUAAAAACGACCCACGAAGUACCCUUUACGCAAUUACUGCAUCCCAUUUGUCUUCCGAUAAACGAUUUUAUCAGAAAUAAAGAUUUAGAGAGGACAUAUCCUCUCGUUGCUGGAUGGGGAUCAAUUUAUUUUCACGGACCAACAAGCAGUCGACUUUUGCAAAUACAAAUUCCUGUACGGACACAGGAAGAAUGCAAAACAGCUUUUCAGAAUUUUCCGACAACGGUGAUUGACAAUCGCAUUUUAUGUGCUGGAUUUUCUCGAGGUGGUAAAGAUGCUUGUCAGGGUGACAGUGGUGGACCGAUGAUGUUUCCUGAUUCUCGAAAUCAAAAAACGUUUUAUAUUGUUGGAAUAGUAUCAUAUGGUUUCAAAUGCGCUGAGCCAGGUUUUCCAGGCGUUUAUACAAAAGUUACGGCUUUUCUAGAUUUCAUCACGAGUCAAUUAGUAUAAAUAUUAGGUUAAGUAAAAAGUCAUCGCGUUUUUUUAAAAGACGUCCAUCAGUAAA